AGGAUGACCUCACCCUGUCACGUGACUCGUCCUAGCUGGUUGGUUGCUGUGGCGUUUUGGGAUACAGUGAGGGAGAAAGAGACCGGCGACAGGAACGUGAGAAACGGACAGCCAUUUUAUAAAUUAAAAAAAUAUAUAUAGUUAUUAAACAUAAUAGUGGCAGCCAUGGGGCAGUGUGGCAUUACCUCGUCAAAAACCGUGCUCGUGUUCCUUAACCUCAUCUUCUGGGCAGCGGCAGGUAUUCUGUGCUAUGUUGGAGCCUAUGUGUUUAUCACAUAUGACGAUUAUGACCAUUUCUUUGAAGAUGUGUACACCCUGAUUCCAGCUGUUAUAAUAAUUGCUGUCGGGACUCUCCUGUUUAUUAUUGGAUUAAUCGGAUGCUGUGCAACAAUCAGAGAAAGUCGCUGUGGGCUGGCAACCUUUGUGAUCAUCCUGCUGUUGGUUUUUGUUACGGAAGUAGCUGUAGUGGUGCUUGGAUAUAUUUACAGAGCAAAGGUUGAAGAUGAGGUUGACAACUCCAUUCAGAAAGUGUAUAAUAAAUACAAUGGAACAAACCCAGAUGCAGCGAGCCGAGCUAUUGACUAUAUACAGAGACAGCUUCACUGCUGUGGAAUCCACAGCUACUCCGACUGGAAGAAGACAACCUGGUUUAUAGAAGCCAGAAACAACAGUGUCCCUUUAAGUUGUUGCAAAGCAAGCAUUAUUAAUUGUACAGGGACUCUUAGCCGUCCAGGAGAUCUUUACUCAGAGGGAUGUGAGGCUCUGGUUGUCAAGAAGCUGCAGGAGAUUAUGAUGUACGUUAUCUGGGCAGCACUGGCAUUCGCUGUUAUUCAGAUGCUGGGUAUGCUGUGUGCAUGCGUUGUGCUGUGCCGAAGGAGUCGGGACCCAGCCUACGAGCUGCUCAUCACUGGAGGAACCUAUGCAUAAAGGAAAACGCAUACUUGAGCUUGACAUCUUAUUUGUAUUGGAAGUCAGAGGACCGGCACGCUAGCUUUCCUAUCUUAUAGUAAGCUAAAGCACGCCUUGCACAAUUUGGGACUGCUGAAGUGUACACUGGUGAUGGGUAAAGCCUCAAAUAUACUAUUUAUUUGCAUGCUUUACAAGUUGGUAUUUUAUUUAAACUGUUUAAAUGCUACUGGCCAAAACUGCAAAAUAAAUAUUAAAAUCUCUCCUGUUUGCUGGGGUAAGGAAGAAAAAAAGUAAAUAAAAAAAAUAUGUACCCUGCUAUACCAUGAACAUUGGAGCAACUGUUGCAAAUGUGAUAUGAAAAUGUACUUCUUCAAACCAGAAGUUUUGGAACUGUUUUUCUGUUUAGCAGUUGUCUGACGCACUGUGUGUAGGACUGGACAUUUUUUUUUUUUUUUUUAUAAAAAACGUAAUACUACAUGUAAAUACUGAAGGUGAGAACCCCUUUGUAUACGGCUGCCUCAUGCUACUGAAAUGUAAUUUUUAAAAUUAUUAUUGCCUACCCAUCACCAGUUUUCAUUUCUAAGUACGAGUAGUAUCGCUGUACACACAGUCUUCAUGUAGAAAAAGGAUUGUAUAUAACUGUCUACUCCCAAUGAAAGUAAUUAAAUUACAAAUGAAUGGUUAAGUCCUGUACCUGAAUAUCAUAUCUUCCACUAGUUCACCUCUAACGAUAGUGAUGUCAAAGAACUGGCCUUUUGGGAGUAAUCAAUAUGCACUACACAUUCUGUAUUAAAAUGUUUUGUUUUGGUAGUUGGUUUUUUUUUUUUUUUUCUGUUGCAGUUGUAUGUGGAGUGUGCCGUUACAGUAAAUGUUUUAAAGUUGAUUUGGGGAAAAAUAUGUAGCCGUGUAGAUUAACACUAUUAUGUCAAACUGAAUUGAGUCAAUGUAAAUAGAAUUAAAAAACAACUUUCAAUGAAUAAAUCUCUCUACAAUGUA